UGCGGCGGUGCAAAGUGUUAGGGAAUCCAGUGUACCUUGGAGGACAAGAAAGGGGGAGGCGAACGCGUUUUGUUUUGGAGACCUUACGGGAUACACACAGCACGCGCACCGAUGGAGAGAAAGGACCAUUAGCCAUUGUCGUGGGGAAAUACGCAGAAGCAGUAUUCCAUGUCUCUUCUCUGCCCUGUUAUUGAUGGGAAACCAACUGGACCGGAUCACCCACCUGAACUACAGCGAGCUACCCACCGGGGAUCCAUCGGGCAUCGAGAAGGACGAGUUGCGUGUUGGCGUGGCGUAUUUCUUUUCCGAUGAGGAGGAAGAGCUGGACGAUCGAUCGCAGUCGGACAGCUUUAAAGACAACAACAGCCCGAGCAAAGACGGUCCGGUUGCGCUCAAUGAGGUCGAGUACUCGGCGUUCUGCUGCCAGGAAUGUAUAUACUCCAAACUGCGAGAGAACGAGGACCUGAAUGUUUAUUCGGUGAAAACUUUAUUGACCAUGUGCAAACCCGGGGAUCUACUGGAGUUAGUGGCCAACGCACAACCCCCGCACUGGGUGAUCUUUGAACGGGAGGACCAGGUUAUUCACCUCUACAAGGGGGAGAUCCGCAAGGACAGCUUGUUUGAGAUCAGCUGCGGUCGGCAGGGCAGGAUAGUGAACAAUAGGUAUCGCUACCGACCGCUGCCGGCUGAUUUGGUGAUGCAGAACGCGAGCGGGCACGUGGGGCUCACUAGCAGCGAGAUUUGCUGGACGAACUCCGAAAGUUUCGCCGCCUGGUGCCGUUUCGGCAAGCGGGAGUUUAAAGCGGGCGGGGAGGCGCACUCGGUCGAGCAGCGCUAUUUUCUGAAAGUGCACCUGUCCGAGAGCACCGCGCACACGCUCAUGUUCCGCAGCCUGGAGGAAAUGAUACGCGAGAGACGGCGCGUGGACGCCAGUGGCAUUCUUAAGGAGCUGUCGCUGGUGACCGGGAAGGAAUGAGCGCUUGGGACUAUGCAUGCCUUGGGCAAGGGCUGCUUACCUUUAUUUCAGGACUUUGGGAGGAUUGUGCGUAUUUGUGUUAACAUGUUUUGGCAAAGACAACGCCCCUUUUGAUUGUGCUGUGAGAUCCAAUGGCCCCACUAAAGUCACCCUGUACCUUUUAAAAAGGGGGGAAAAGAUAAAACGAUGUGAAAAAAGGUGAGCCCUCAUCACAGAUCGCCCAUGAACCGAUACAUCCCCCUCAAAUUCGCGCCCGAGCCCUGCUGCGGCAGAUGGUGACCACGAUGCGUUCAUAUAUCUGUGGCAAGCCGUUUUGACCCUUAUUACUAAGACUAACUAGCAUUUGUUUUUGUUAGUAAUCCUCAUUAUUCACCAGUAACCAUUCAAACGGUUUCUAGUAUCUAUCUCCAGUUGUUCUAGCAACAUUUGAAUAGUUACUAGUAUUGUAUAUUCCAGUUGUUACCAGUAACAUUUUAAUCGUACUAGUAAGACGUCAGUUUCAUUAAAUGUGCCAAAAACAAAUGUUACUGGUGAGCUGAAGAAUGUUACUUGUAACAGCUGAGAUCAAUUGGUACUAGUAAACUAAAGAUGGAUACUAGUACCUAAUUUAAUUGUUACUAGUCAAAGUUUAAUAGUUUAUAACUAAACCACAGAUCCAAAAUCGUACCAUGAAAUAGUUACUUGUCAUUAUUACAAUGUGACUAAGUACUAUUUGAAUAAACAAUUUGGGCACUAGUAAAUUCGAAAAAGACCUGUUGUUAUUGGACUAAUUCUAAUUAAAAUAUGUAUUAGUAAUCUAAAAGUGUAUAAUAGUAAGUUUAAAGGAAUAAAACGGCUUGCCACAUGUCUCUUAUUUGACUCCACUCCAGAGCUUUAAUAUUAAACGUGGAGCUCCUUUAUUGCGCAUCUGUCCAGCUGCAAUAGUUUCUCUAAAACCCCUACAGGCGACAACACACAAGCCUUUGUUUUCAUUGUUACCAACAAACGCAGCAAACCUUGUUUUUGGAGUCCAUAUUUUUGUAUUUCCGUUAGUGCGUUAAAUUUGUUUUUCUUUAAAUAAACGUAAAUUGCCAUAUGAAAA